UCACUUUCAAACCUCUGUUUAAUUAAGAGUGAUGAAUUUGAGAAAAUCCAAAUAUUGAUGAAUUAUUUAUUGUUCUAAUCAAUGAUUGUACUUUAUCAUCGGACUGUCUAUAAAUGAAUCCACUUUCCAAAGUAAAAGAUCCAAUUACUUUUUUUAUGAAAAAAAAUACAUAGAAUAUUAAACAAUGAAAAAAUUCACUUUAUCUUAUUUAGUCGAUAGUGAUUCAAAUAAAAGUGUGAACAGUUUAGCUAAUAUUUCCAAUUCAAAUAUUGAAAUGGAUUUGCCAAAAAUUACAGAAUUGCAUAUCAUUAUUAAAGAUUUAAAUAAACAGACAACGCUAAAAGUGAUUGGAGAUGCAAUUAUUUUAGAUAUUAAAAAGAAACUUUUAUUCACUCUUGGUGAUUUAUUAAAUGAUUCACAAAAUAUGGGUUUACACCUACCUGAUGAACCAAGUCGUAAAGGUAAAUUCCUAGAAGAAGAGCGUCUUUUAUCGGAGUAUAUUAGUGGGAAAACGAUUAUCAGUUUAGAGUUUAUUUACAAACGUCGAACAAUUCCACCAUUUUAUAUGUCACCAACAUUAUUGAGUAAACUGUCGAAGAACUUCAUCAAAACAUUUUUUCGUUACGUAUCUCGUGGAGAAUGUCAAAAAGUAGAGAAAUUACUGUCUAAAGGAUUUGAUCCAAAUAUACACUGUCCAAAGACUGGAGAAACUCCAUUGACUAUAGCUGUUACACGAUCAAAACCUCAUGAAAUGAUAUCAACAUUAAUCUCCGGUGGCGCACAUCGUGAUUUUUAUUCACUGGCUGGUUAUACACCAUUACAUAAAGCUGUAACCGUUGGAAAUUUUGAAGGGGUCAAGACAUUGCUGGACUUCGGGCAAUCACCGAAUUGCUUAGAUAGAUAUGGUUUGACUCCAUUGUAUUAUAAUAUACUUUAUGAUCCGGAUACAAAAAUAUGCCAUAGUUUACUGUAUGAACAUUCAAAAAUUGGCAUCAUUGAUAAAGAUGGCUUACAAGAAAUACAUCAGGCUACACGUUUAAAUCGUGUUGAACAAAUAAAUUUAUUAUUAAUGUAUGGAGCUGAUGUAAAUGCAAGGUGUAAACGUCCAAAAGAAAUGAUUAAAAACAACUUAACUCUUUCUAUACGUCCACAGUCAGUUGAUGGUGAUACACCAUUACAUGUUGCAGCAAAUCAUAAUCAGCGUGCAGCUGUUUUACGUCUGUUAUCUUGGGGAGCUGAUCCAACCCUACUCAAUGCUGAAAAUAUGACACCUAUACAAGUAGCACAGAAUAAUGGAAAUUUAGAACUAGCUGAUUUAAUUAAAUUAUUUAGAGGUAGAAAAGAAUCUGGUGAUAUAUUUCUUCCAACACCCACAUAUAAUCCCCAUAGACGUGUAAGACAACCUCCACCUAAUUCUUACAUUACUGAACCAUCCAUUUUGCAAACUUAUACUCCAAAUGAUAUAAAUGAAAGUUACCUAAGUUAUCAGCAAUUAAAUAGUACUAACAACAAUAAUAAUCAUUUAUUAAAAAACUCAAACAAAGAUUCAGCUGAUUUUAAUAUCACUGAAAAAAGUGCUACGUGUACAAGUUCAUAUAUGACAACAUCAUCAACUAGACCAAUCGAUUCCAAACCAAUACAACGUGCAGUUUCGUUAUGUGAAUUAGUUCAAUCAAAUCCAUCUGAUAUAGCAACAGGAUCAACAACAAAAUGGAAUGGUGCAUGGGAUUUAGGUCCAAAUGGAUUCUAUAGUCCGUGUUAUGAUGUGAAUGCUAUAUCAAAUCAGACAUAUUGUGAAAUGCCUAAAUAUGAGAAUGGUACGAAUAUAGCUGGAACAUUAACACGGCCAGUGAAAUUAAAGCAAAAAUCUAAAGAUAUGUCCGUAUCAAAAUCUCGAACGGAUGUUUUUACAUCAUAUCUUCAUUGUCGACAACAACAACAACUUCCAAGACAACAGUGCCCCACAAUGCUAGGGUCUGCAAAUAGAAAUCCGUCAAAAGAACGAACAAUAUCACGGGGUCAACAAACUGAUGUUUUAUAUGAUUUUAUCACACAUGAAAACAAAGGAUUCCAACGUGAAGGCAGUCAAACAGAUAGUGGUAUAAGUAAUUCGUCAUGUCGACCGAAUACAUUUGGUUCUUUGAAUCGAAAACACAAUAAUAACAUUCAUCAUGAUCAAAGUGAUAAAUACCAGGAUGGAGUUUUGUCUUCAUAUGAAAAUUUCGGUCAAGGGAAUAAAAAAGAUCCAGCACAUUUUCAAUCUAUUCAAGUUUCAAAAGAUUUAUCAAGUAAUAAUAAUAAAAAUUGUGUAAAUAAACUUAAUCAACAAACAAAUAAUAUCAAAUCAGUUCAUGUUAAUAUAUGUGAUUCAAGACAUUUACGACGAUCAUCUACAUUACAUGAACAUUUAGAUUUGAAACAUUCAACCAAUUCAAAAGAUAAUAUACGUACAGUUAUUUUGGAAAGAUAUUCUUAUUCAUCUAAUGGUAUUGAUAAAAAUGAACGUUCUUCAUUUGGUUUAUCAAUUCGUACAGUGAAAAAUUCGUCAGUGAUAGCUGAAUUUACACCAACAACAAAUAAGCCAAGUUUACAAACUGUUAAACGUGUUGUACCAGAUAGUCCAGCCGAAAAAGCUGGUGUUAAAGUUGGCGAUUUCGUCCUGAAAAUUAAUGGUGCUGAUGUUACAAAAGCUUCUUUGAAUCAAGUAGUUGAUUUGUUGUCCAGUACAUCUGGAGAUAAAGUUUCAUUAACAUUACUUUCACCAAAAUGUAUGACACCUUCUGUAUUGAUCAAUAACAGUGAUAGUAUUCAUCGUACUAAUGAUGAAAAUGAUGGAGAUGGUUGUGUUGAGCAUUAUGUGAUUACAAGAAAAUCCAGCGAUGGCAAUUCAAUAAAUUUAAUAAAUAAAAUGAUUUUACCAACACAAUCUGUUAAAUGUAAUCAAACAGUGAGAAGUACAAAGCAAGCUAGACAUUCAACUAUUUCACCGACUUCAUCUGAGCGAAGUUCUGACAGAACAUAUAAAUCUUCACUGAACGAGAAUUCUUGUUUAACAGGUAAGCAAAAUGAUAUGAAUCGAUAAUAUUUAUAUUUGCUUUUUCAAAUCUUGAUUAUAGGAAGACAUCCAGCCGUUAGUAGGUGAGAAUUUAGCGUGACAUUUUGACAUCAAGGGGGGGGUACAGAAUUGCUAAGUAUGGUAUUUGAUCAGAAAUAUUUUCUAGGUAUUUCUCACAUACGACUCGAUCAUCCGGUAAUUAAUCCUGAGGUUUAUCAUGACGUACUAGGUAAAGCUGUCCGAUCAAUUGAUGGAGCUUGAAAAUUAAGUUAACUAAGUAACUGGAACAUACGUCAUUCAUUCACACUCACCAAAGUAGUAUAUUGAUAACAGUUUAGCAGUAACUGGGUCAAAACAUGAUACUAGUUAGCACAGGUAUGUCGAAAAGUGAUGACUCCCUCAUUAAAGUCAUGCGAUAACUGAAACCUAUGACAAAAGACCCUAAAACCAGUAACAUUUACUUACAUGCCUUUAUUAUUCUCCUCACUUGAUAUUUUGAACAUAUCAUCAUCAACAGUUUUCCCACCCGAAUCUUCGGAAGUCCUACCUAAGCUUAAUUUUCCACUAUGAUUAACAGUAUCACCUAACAUUUUUCACCCUACACAGUAGUAUUCACUGUAUAUGUGUUGCAGUAACCUUUUAUAAUAAAAGUUUGUGCUGGGAACCUAACUGUUUAUAAUCAUGCAGAAAUUUCAGAUUUCUGACUGGCUGAAGAAAACAAAUAAUGUCGAUUUUUAUAUUAUUUUUACGAUUAUUCUUAUUCGAUAUAUGUAAAUGCUUUCUAAUAGAUGAGGGUGUAUAUUGUCAGUCACUGUGUACCAGUUCGAACGUAUCCGGACGUAGUUCUUCAAGUAGCCGACUUAUUACAAAUUCAAAUCCAAUACAACAAUCUUAUAUGCCAAAUAACAAGCAACCAUCUGAUGCAUCAACUCAUAGAGUACGAUUUCAAGGAUUGCCACGAUCACAAACAACAAAUGGUAUUUCUGAUAUUUGUCACGAUAAAUCUGGAAAUUCCAUGAUAAACUCAUUAUACUUUCCUCGCCAUCCAAGAUUUCAACGUGUUGGUUCAAAUGAAUCUCAGAACUCUUCACAUUCUCAAACUAAUUAUACACAAAAGCCUAGGCAACAAAAUAGUGAUUUACAUAUAGUUGAUGAAAGAUUACAUAAACACUUUAGCAGUGAUUAUCCAGCCAGUGUAACACGUGGAAUCUCAACAAAGCAAUCACCUUUACUACGUUCAUAUUUUACACCGGAACAACAGAAUUUAUCCAUUAUAACAGGUAAACCAUCACAUCUCAUUAGACGACCGAUAUCAUUGAACCCGGAGACAAGAAAGAAAAGUAUCAAUUAUCUAUCGGACAAUGAAUCACCAUCUACGAUACAAACAUCAUUAACAACAACAACUACUACUACAGAAACAAUAAUAAUACAAUUACAAGAACAUCGAUCAGAGAUGAAUCAAGAUUAUCAAUUAGAGGAAGUUCUCCGACCAACUCAGAAUUUUUACUGCCACCACCUGCUGAAUUUUCUAAUUAAUUUAGUGCGAAUAUCUUUCUGUCAGCCUUUUCUUACAUAAUGCUUUUAAAAAAUCUGUCAAAUUUAUUACACACAAUUAAUAUAUAGGCACAUAUCAGCACAGUAUCUUAUGUAAGUCAUUAACACUGUUGUUGUUAUUGUUACUAUUGUAGUCAAUAUAGUCUUUAUUAAUGAUAUCCAUUAAAGAAUUAUUGUACAGCUGUGAUAAAAAUUUGAGUUUACUUAAUUCUUCAUAAUAACUUUAUUUAUUAGAUACCAUUAGUUGAUUGUUUAUUAAAUUUGAAAAAUGGAUUGACUUCAAUAGAGCUUUUUCUUUUACAUUUGUAACCAAUUGACUAAAACAAAAUUUAAAUUUGUGAAUUAGUAAAUUUGUAGAUCAUAAGAUUAAAUAUUUAAAUAAAGCCAAUAAAAAUUGUUUUGCUAAAACACAAUCAAUUCCUUUCUUUUUGUUUUUGUUUUUCAUUCAUUUUUAAUGAAAAUUAAUUAACAUUUUUUGACUUUUUUCAAAAUGCACCACUGCUUAUUUAAAUCAAAUAGAGUCAUUAUCAUUUGUGAUAAUCUGACUAGAACAUAUACACUGAAUGUAUUAUUUCUGCAAAUAUAAUGUCAUGAUUAUUCACUCGAUUAUUCAAGAUUUGAGCUACGUAUUAUCACAUUGUUGUUAGUUAUAACUUUAUUUGUCCAUUUCUUAUGCUCCAUUGUUUUGAUUCUAUUGACCUUUUCUGACAUUCGAUCGAUUUAUAUGUUUAUCAUUUUCUCUCUCUUCCUUCCAAGUAUUAUCUUCUUUUUUAAACACAUUAUCUUAGUGUAACAUCUCAUCUUUCAAAAUGUGAAUGAACAAGCAUGUGUUUCGCUUUUCCUAGCCAGAUAUGACUUAUUUACGCUCAACUUUUCCUUGUACGAUUUAUUUGUUUGUAUAAAAGCACAAUUUUUUUUAAUAACACGUAUUGUGUAUUAUUUUUCAACAAGAAUCAUUGCCUAGUUUCUUUUGAAAUAUUUCUUCAAUAUAUUUCGCUUUUAAUUUCAAAAUAAAUAUACUGCUUAUGGU